AUGUCGAGCCCCCUUAGAGACUGGUAUAACGUGAAGAAAAACACAAAAUCGAAAGCCGUACAGAUAGUGAAGCUCUUCGAUGGUGCCCCGGUGUGGAAACUUGAGUACAUAUAUGUGAAAGCUCAAGAGAAUUUUUGUGUAGCCUGGGAUUAUCAAGAAACACACGAGUUGGACGUGAUAGUAGACGAUUGGACAAGGGCAGAUAAGGCUAAGAUCGAGAAGUAUAGAGCCGAUAUUAAUGCCAUGGAGGAUUAUGAGAAUUUCAUCCUUUGGACUGAUGUUCAGCACUACAUUCCUCCAGUUCCAGUCGAGGGAAAAGAAGAUGAGCACCUCGAUGAUCAGCUUCUUGAUGCGCCAGAAGAACACGAGAGAGGAAUUGACUCGGAUGGAGCUCGAGAAGAAGCUUAUCGAGUAGGAGAAGGAAUCGUACCCUGUUCAUCAUGUUUGCUUGAGAAUCCUAGACGAAAAUCUAGCCAAGAAUUUUCCAAUACAUGCCAUGAUCUCUUCUCUACUGAGGAAGUGGGAGUUGUCAAUGAUAUAGCCACGGUCAGGUCUGUCGAGAAGGAUAUCGUAGAUGCUGUCCAAGCGUACACUGUACAGAUUCACUCUCGGUUGGUACAGAGGUUUAAGCAGAGAGAAGAAGAUUUUCAGUGCCGCCUUCACCAAUACAACCUCGAUUUUCACAAUUCACUGGCCUUGGAGGCAAAUGUGAGUGAAGAGAUGACGAAUCUGUGA